CCAAAGCAAAGAAUGGAUCAACAUGGCAUAACGAAAUGGAGUAACCCUAGGCCCGCCAAACACAAACACACACCGAAAACUGAGACAGAGAGGUGCAGAUCGAUGCGGCGGUGGUGGUGCGCCGCCGGCGGCCUCGGCCGCCGCGUCCUCUCGUCCUCCACCCCCGCCGUCGCCUCCCAUGCCCGUCCGCUGCCGCUACCCCUGAUACCCAAAUCUCCCUCCUUUACCGUCCCUUUCUCCUUGUCCUGUCGCAGGCACCACUCUCUCCAGGGGUUCUUUCACCCGGCCAUCGCUUCUUCUCCCUUCCGCCCUCCGUCGGCGCAUCAUCAGCAAGUGCGGCACUACGCCAAGAAGGAGAGAUCGCGCGCGCCGCUCACGCCCACCAAAUCCAAAGUCAAGAAAUACAAGAUCAAGGCCCCCUCGUCCAUGAAGUUUAGAUUCAGAACCAUGAAAGACGGACAGGUCCGCAGGUGGAGGGCCGGCAAGCGCCACAAUGCACACCUCAAGUCUAAGGAGGCCAAACGAAGACUUCGGAAACCUGCUUUGGUGCAUUUGGCCUAUGCAAAAGUUAUAAAGAAGCUCAACUUCUGUGGGUAGGAAAUGGAGAAAGACAUAGCAGAGUUUGGCAUGGGAAACUAGUUAACUGAUACUGACUGCCAACCGCUGCAUCUCGAUUGUAAACGCUGGAGUCUCCAUGGACAAAAUAGUUGCUUUUGUCAUAUGAUAUGAUGCAUUGUAUUCAGAUGUUGUGCUCUCAUUAUCUCGAGAAGCCGUUUGUUUUCUGCAAAUGUAGCUGAUAUAAAUCUGCACUGCAUUCUGUUAUGCACACAAUCGGAGAGAAAUUCAUCAUCAAGAGUAGUUUGGAAAUAGCUGCUAGCAAAUAAAAAGUUCUGCAACAUGCAGUGGCUAUAAUUUUUUGUUGUAGUUUUGAUGUGGGAAUUCAGUGGAUAAUUUGCUACCUUUCUGAAACUGUGCCCAGUAAAGUCUGUUCCUAUGGUUUUGUUGCCUA